CUACAAGACACUCAGCCUAUAAUUACCAUGAUAGGUAAUUUUAUUUCUGAGAUAAAAUUAGGCGAAAAAGCCAUAUCAGAGCUCGUGAAAGUAGAACUCAUUCUCUAAACAUCAUCACCACUUUAUGCGUUUACUCUAAUGGUAAUUUGAAAGAGAGGUUCGAAUAAACUGCACUUCCGACGUUAGUACUGACCUUGAAGUCUAUAAACAAUUCUUAGGCAGUAGUGGAGGUAGUUUGGGUAAAGUAUGUAUAACUUUUACAAAAUAUGGGUUGGUCACAUAAAGCUAAAGCAUUGAAGAGUUACAGUGAACAAUAAGUUUCAAAGUGACUAGUAAAUUACUAGUUACAAUAAGUCUAAAUGGUUGAGGGCAGCUGAUAGUAGAUACAAGGCUUAAGAUGUAUAAAUAUUUUUUAGCUAUACUUACGAACAGUUUUGUAGACAAUUCUUUGGUUUCAGAGCACUGCCGUGUUGUAGGACAGGUUCUCAUUUUGAACCAGCCUGGACUUCUAGUAUUUACUGUCCAUGAACUGCAGUUAGAUAAUAACUAUGAAAACUAGUAUUUAGAAUUCUUCAUUGGUCAGAUCGAUCCCUUUGUGGCUAUCACAAGGUGUUUCCUGUCCUUUCUUAAAUACGAGAACUGUCGGUGUUCAAGAUCAAUUAGGUAGGGUUUGUACAACGCCUAGACUAGUAGACGUUGCAAGUAGCCGUGCUGUUGAAACUAGUUUGUCAUCUUUAAAAACUCUGAGUUAGCCUAUCAGAGUGAUUUUUCACGUCGCUAGGGUUUUUGAAUGUAUGCUGCUUUGCUCCACUAGCCCUAAAGUCUGGUUUGUGUGUAGUUGUCGACGAUCGGCUCAUAACUACUCAUACUAAAGGUAUUUAGUGAUAUGUUUGUAGAUUUGUGCUAUGUAUUUCGAUUUGUUAUAUUAGUUUGUUCGUUAAAGCAUCUAAGUAUGGUUGAGUUGUAGUGCUUUGGGUUAAGAUGGAUCUAAUCUCAUUAUUCAUUAGAUAAGCUUAGCAUCUGGAACACUAGUCAGCACCAUCGAGACUGUUACAAUAUGGUAUGCUGCGCUGAAACUCCCAUAAGUUCAAAUACACCUUUUUAUCUUGUUUCCUUGAACUUCAUGCGGUCUAAUAUUUCGCCACAUACUUUAGCACAAAUUUAUUCAAGUACCUGAAAGUUAUGUUAAUUCAGCAUUGAUUGGUAAUAUUACGGCAGAUUUCAGCAUUCGAUGAAGUGGAAUAAUUCGGAUGCUAAAUGUUUGAAGAUCAGAGUAACACUGCAUGAGUCUGAGUUGGAGUUUAACAUAUCGCCUAAAAGCACAGGAAAAUACCUCUUCGAUCUAGUCUGCAGUACAAUUGGCUUGAGAGAGACGUGGUAUUUCGGAUUACAAUUUUAUAGCUUCUUUCCAAAUGGAAGAAUGCAACUUUCUCACUGGCUUAAAUUAGAUAAGAAGAUUGUUUCACAAAAACCAGAAGAUAUCUCUAAGUCUCUUUGCUUCUUUUUUCACACCAAAUUCUUUCCUGAAGAUGUUGAACAGGAACUAAUACAAGCUACAACUCGUCGUCUGUUCUAUUUAAGUGUCAAAUCCACCAUUUUAAAUCGAAGCGAAUCCAAUAUGAAUGGAAAUUGUUUUGGCGAUCUUUGUCCAUCCCUCGAUGUGGCUAUUCUUCUUGCCUCAUUGGCUUCUCAGGCAGAAUACGGUGAUCUUUGCGAGGAAGAGCUUAGUGAUACAGAGGAACUCACAUACUUACCACGCCGUAUUCUUAGAUUAAUCCCAGCUCAACUAUGGACCCAAAUACAGUCCACUCAAGGUGUAGCACAGAAGUUUCGGGAACAUUAUAAAUCCCACAAGGGAAUGAAUCGCGACAAGGCGGAACUUCAGUAUCUCAAGGUAGCCCAGAUGCAUAACCUUUUUGGGGUGGAUUUUUUCCCUAUUGUCUAUGCUCGGAUGAAGUUUCCUCGAACUUUAAGCUCGACACAGAACGAAUCAACUCUUUGGGACAACACUAAUCAAUGUCACACAAAUGCUUGGCUUGGUGUUACAGCAGCAGGUCUUCAACUGUAUGGAAAGUGUCAACGUGAUCCACCUCAAUUUACAUUUCCUUGGAAUAUGAUAAAAAAUGUUUCAUAUCGCGAACGCAAAGUAUAAAACAAAGUGAAUUGUUUGUCUUCGUCCGUUCCCUAAUCAAUAAAGCUCUGCGGAUGUGAAGAUAUUUCGUCACUAAUUUUUACUACAGAAAGCGAACAACCUACUAAAUGGAGAAUAGUAAUAUCCUUGAGAUCAGCAGAUGAAAGACUAUAAAAUUUCCAUUUUUACUCGGCGAAAUUGUCUCUUUCUUGUUUGUGUUCCCAAAUUUCUUUUUAAGUUGGUUUCUUUUUAAUCAUCGUUUAGUUUACGAUCAAGUUGACCAGUACCUGUCGUGGAACCAACAAACCUAGUCAAAAUACAUCUGUCCCUACCUUAUUGAAUGAAACCAGAGGACCAGCUGUUAUUUCAUCAAAAGCAAGUCAGCCCAAUCGUAGUCCUCUUAUUAGUAUCACAGGCCAAGCUUUUGUUGGUGUUGCUGUAGGUUCUAGUGCAGGAGGUAGUGGGACGUCUGCCGCAAGCUUACCUAGCACUCCAAUAUCAGCUCGUCUUAUCCCUUCAGUUCCACCUGUUUCUCCAAAUUUACUUGAUACGUCUGUUAACCUUUCAUCUCCAAGAGCUGUUUCCAAGUUUGAAUCAUGCGAAACUGCACAACAACUGGGUGCUUCAAAAGGCUUCAAAGGUCGUGCUAAAGUUCUUGAACUAGGUUCACGCUGCAUUCCUGGUUUAUCAAUCAAAUCCUCUCGUUACUCUGCUAAUGAAUUCGCAGUUACUAGGACUAGUGUGAAUUGUCUUCGUGGCCCUAGGGUUCAGUCUGCGGAAAACAAUGUCUCGCUGCCGUCGAAAAGUUUGCUUAAAUCGUCCAAUCUGAAUUCUGAGACUGUAUUAAUCAGUGUUGUUGAAGUUUGGUUGGCAGACCCAAAUCAAGCUAAAACAGUUAUGUCUAUGUGUGCUGGUAACCACUCACUGUUCAUGAGACGUCGUCAGCCGGAUAGCAUUGAGGUCCAGCAAAUGAGAGCACAAGCAAGAGAAGAGAGAGCCAGACGAGAGGUUGAAAGAGCACGACUGGCAAAAGCACGUGCAGAAAAAGCUGAGGCUUUAGAAGCUAAAUCAGUUUUAGAGGCUCGGUGUGCUCAACUUGAAGAGGCACUAAUACAUCAGCAAAAGCGCCAAAACCCUUACACCUCUGAUAACCAUAAUCGUUUGAUCGAUACCUACGUAGACAAUUCGACCUCCACUCAUACUUCUCAAUGUAUAUCCACUCAAUACAACUGUAAAGUUGCUUUCAGUCCCACGAGGAAAGAAAAUCAAAAAGACGUUGAAAUGGAUGGUAUGCAUAUAUCCCGAACGUUGAAUGACGAUGAUGAUGACCAGAAAUCUAUUUCUAAUCCCACUGUAGAUAAUGAUAAAACUACUAGUGAUAUGAAUGGUGACCGAUGUGGCAACUACUUUGAUGACUAUAGUUUCUAUCCACCAGUAACCAAUUUGGAUGGAUACCCAGUACAUCAUGGAAAAUCUUGGGAUGAUGGUAUUCAGAUAGACCAAAAUAAUUUGGUUUAUACUGACCCUCUAUAUCCAAACAUUCCAGCAAAUUCCUUCCCUGUCUAUUCUAAGUAUACUGACCAUCGAUUUGCUCCGGGUUCAGUAUCUGUUCCUGUAACACCUCACGUUAAACGCACAGAAGUGAUACUCGAUCGGGGUGCAGAUUAUUACCUGCAGUCAUCCAUGUGGCCGUUUGAGUCAACUAGCUGUCCAGUAGAUCUACAUAGCGAGCAUUCUGUUUAUAAGACUCAGUCGAACAAAAAGGUGGUUGUGUAUCCAUCUUAUUUGGUUACCAAUCUUGGUCCAUUGUAUUCUGAUGGUGCUUUCUGUGGCAUUGCCAUUAAAUCUUUAUUGUCUGGAAAUCAUUGUCUAACUGGUGAAAUACCAGUAGUAUCUGUUGGGGAUUCCAUUUCCAAAGAACCGGAAACCUCGUUCUCUCCGUUUGUUAUUGUCCCAGGUGGCUUGCCUGCUCUUCACAAUGAUGAAGUUUUAAAUUCAAAAUCUCGUACCAGACCUACAGAUGUCUCUCAUUGUAAUCAUAAUCCGUGUUCUUGUGCAGUAAUGUCAACUGAACACCAACCUCCGACAGUCUGUCACAUACAUUCUCCACCUCAAACAAUUAUUCGUGAGGUUUCUUAUACUGUACCAACGAAUGUUCUGAGACACCCACAGUACUGUACACCAAACUGUCAUGUUCAGUUCGUCCCACACGAUCCUGUAGAUCGCAGCCAAUAUAUGUAUUCGAGUCCAUCUCUGGCUGCAAUACUUUCUCCUAUUGUUACUCAACGUUUGCAUCGUCGAAUUUCCAAUCGUCCACAGCCUAGUCGUGGCUUACAGCGACAGCAAUCGCAGCCGAAAAGCCCAAUAUCAUCUGACUCAGUUCAUAUUCCCUUAAUAGAACGUUCGACAAGUUACAUGCAAAUACCUUACUCAGAAAACGACUGUGGAUUAGCGUCUACAGAGGAGUUUAAUUUGACGAACAAGCACUUUUUAUCCCGCCCUACUGAUCGUGGCUGUUCUUUUCAAUAUCCACCUUGUUCCACAAACGUUCAUUCGAAAUACCAUGACUUUCAGACAGGUAUUAAUAGCUCAUGGAAGUUCAAACGUUUGUGUUUGGUCGCAAAUAUCCUAAGGAAGUUUAUCCGAAUCCACUAUUAUAUUACCAAUUUCACUCUCCUACAACAAAUGAAUAUCUUCGCCGUGCUGCUAGUCUUGACGUUUCAUCUGGGAAUAAUGAUCUUUUGUGGAAUAUAGCACCUCGUGAAUUGUUAUCUCGAACAAGUGAACGUAAUGAAGAUGAGAAUGUCUAUCUAUUCGAAUCAAAUCCUCCUUAUUCUCAACGCAGUUUCUUAACAAAUCAGUUACAGGAGGAAAGAGCUCACUUUGCAUUCCUUCAAACACAAUUUUCACGACAGUUGUGUGAUACGUGGGGAUAUUUAAAAGCCGCUCGUGGUCAGCAAGCUGAUAAAUUAUGCGAUUCGGCAACCCACGCGAUUGGAAAUAAUAUUUACAAUAAUCCUUCUUAUGGUUGUGAACUGCGAUGUGAUCCGGCUGGCGCUUCGGAUGGGGCAUCUACUGGUGGUGGCAACAUAUGCAGCAUGUGCGGUUCUAGUGCAUAUGGUGGGCACGAUCAUCUUCACGACACGAGUCCUGACCAUCAUUUCUACGAACGGUACUCACAAUUAAACCAAGAUAUUUCAUCACCUGAUGACUCAGGUGUUAAUAAUUUAAGGUUGAUGAUCAGUGGUGGAAGGUCCGACAACAAAUUAGAAGGCAAUGCUAGUGCGUUAUAUCAAGAAUUGCAGUCUAGUGCGCAGUCACGAUACGCCUAUAUGAACUUAUACACACAGUCAACGAAAGCCUUUUGAAUUCAAAUUCCUAUACACUUCUAACCCUUUCAAUUUGUUUGCUGCAUCCAUCAUUCUUAUUUGCGUAAAGCCUUGCUGUAUAUAAAAGACGACUUCACUAUGCA